AGGGGAGCGGACAUGAGGAAAUAUAGCUGGAACAGUUUCAAGGAUUUGGUUUUCAGAAAUCCUGCAGUUGCCACCCAGGAUCCACAUGUGGAUGAUGGGGAUGAGAACACGGAGCGUGGGAACUGGGCCAGCAAGAGGGAGUAUAUCCUCUCCACAAUCGGCUAUGCUGUUGGACUGGGCAAUAUCUGGAGAUUUCCAUAUUUGGCCUACAAGAAUGGAGGGGGUGCCUUUCUCAUCCCCUAUUUUGUGAUGUUGGUGGUGACUGGAAUUCCUCUUUUCUUUCUGGAAAGUGCCUUCGGUCAAUUCUGCAGCCAAGGUCCCAUUAACAUUUGGAGAGCAGUGCCUAUACUGCAGGGUGUUGGUAUUGCCAUGGUUCUGGUGACUCUAAUAGUAUCAAUUUACUAUAACGUCAUCAUCGCCUACAGCCUGUACUACAUGUUCGCAUCCUUCCAGUCUCCUUUGCCGUGGUCUAGCUGCCUCAGCUGGGCUGACAGUAACUGCAGCAGCACACCAAGAGUGUCCUGUAAUGUGAGUGGUGUUCUAGUGGCCAACUGGACUCAGUAUAACAUCACUUGUCCGGAAACUGACGUGAUCACAGAUCCAGUGCAGAGUCCGAGUGAACAGUACUGGGAUCGUGUGGCUUUGCAGAGAUCCAGUGGUCUGGAUGAAACAGGACCAGUGGUCUGGCAUUUGGCUCUGUGUCUGCUGCUGAGCUCCAUACUCGUUGCUGCAGCGCUAAUCCGAGGCAUCAAGUCGUCAGGAAAAGUUGUAUAUUUCACAGCUACAUUUCCCUAUGUGGUGAUUUUGAUCCUGCUGAUCAGAGGUGUCACACUAGAGGGAGCUGGAGACGGAAUACAGUUCUACAUUGGCUCACAAUCCAAUCUGACCAAACUGUAUGAAGCUCAGAUUUGGAAAGAUGCAGCGACUCAGACCUUCUACUCUCUCUCUAUUGGCUGGGGUGGAGUCAUGACUCUUGCUUCCUAUAAUAGUUUCCACAACAACAUGUUCAAGGACGCAUUUGUAGUGACACUGACCAAUGCAGGCACCAGCGUGUUAGCAGGCUUUGCCAUAUUUUCAAUUUUGGGUCACAUGGCUCACAUCUACCAAAUGCCCGUCGGACAGGUCGUAAAGGAAGGGUUUGGCCUGGCAUUCAUUGCAUAUCCAGAUGCGAUGUCUAAGCUUCCCAUAUCCCCUCUGUGGUCCGUGUUGUUCUUCUUCAUGCUCCUGACCGUAGGUCUGGACUCUCAGUUUGCAGGAAUAGAAGUGAUCGUCACCUGCCUGUUGGAUGCCUUCCCUAAAAUCUUCAAACACAAACGUGCCUUAUUGACCACAUCGGCCUGUGCCAUUGUCUAUCUCCUUGGCCUCCCAUGUGUUACACAGGCAGGAAUAUACUGGGUGACACUAGUCGACCAGUUUGUUGCCAGCUGGGUGCUUCUUGUUUUGGCCCUCUUGGAGAUCAUUGGUAUCUGUUACAUAUACGGAGGGAACCGGUUUAUUAAAGACAUUGAGAUGAUGCUUGGAAGUAAGAGUUUUGCUUUCUGGCUGUGGUGGAGAGUGUGUUGGUUUUUCAUCAGUCCGAGCAUCAUAGUGGUGAUCCUAGUCUGGUCUCUGAUGACAUUCAAACCACCUUUCUAUGGAGGAGUCCAGUUCCCAGUCUGGGGCUUGGCUCUGGGCUGGUGCAUGGUUGUAUUCAUCCUACUCUGGAUCCCUGUCGUCGCUGUGUAUAAGCUCAUGAAAGCUCAGGGGAGCCCCUGGAAGCGUCUGAAGACAUCAUGUUCUCCCUCUAAAGAUUGGCACCCCUACCUGGAUGUCCAUCGAGGAGAACGUUACUCAGAGGAGCGCUGCUGCCCCAUGAGGAACCGUGAAAACAAACAGGAAGUGAAUGUAAAUGUGAUCUCUAGCUCAUGGCUCUGAUGUGUCUUACUGUAUGUUAUAAUACCUUGUUCUCUUUGGUGGAGCAGAGUCAUUUGUGAAAACCCUGUACAGAAAGUUUAAACUGCCACUGGAACUUAAGUGCAAAACCAAUCGCAGAUUAUAUAUGUAUUGUAGUCUUCGUCCUUUUAUAUAUAUAUAUAUAAUACUUAUACUUAUAAUACAACUUUCAAAUGUUUCCAUUAUCUUUUGUUUGAGCUGAGGUUUGGUUACCAGGGGAAAAUAUCUGGGUCUCUUUGACCCUUCUUCAUUUGCCAGGCUUACAUUACCCGCAGGUCAGGUAGCAUAUAAGCGAUAUAUAGGUUGUUUUAAAAGUUGUUUAAAAAGUCAGUGAUCCAUGGGGGCUUCAUUUGUUUAAUGUUCUAUCAAUAGAAACGAUUUCUGUUUCAGUCAUCAUUCUUCUCUGCAGUACAUUUUCUUAUUCAUUAGUUUACUUCUCUGUUCCUCACCUCUGAUUCUAAAUAAUAAAUAAC